AUGGGUCUCCCUUCACUUGGUCAAAUCGGCGAGCCGGGGGAUCAUAUUCUAGAGAGGUUGGAUAGGUGCCUCGGGAGUACAUCGACGAUGACGGACUGGUCGGACCUAAAGGUAAUUCAUUUAUCGGACUUAGGAUCUGAUCAUCGUAUCCUCCUUGUGCAGCUCAUUAAACAGGGUCAUCAUCGGCACACCCAAUUUCAGUUUGAUGGGCGCUGGAACUCCAAUGAUGAGGCACUGGAUAUUAUCCGGGCGGCGUGGGCCAAACCGACCUGUGGCUCAGUGCAGUUCAGGGCGUUUACCCAGCUUAAAAUUGCGCGUCAUGACUUAGUGGAAUGGGCUAAAUUAGGUACCUCUAAUUCGGCUCGGCAAAUUAGAGAACUCAAGGCAGCGAUUCUGGAUCUUCGAGAGGCAGAGGUGGUUGAUUAG